AUGGAAUUGGAUAGCGGUAAAGAAAAUGCGCUUCUGUUCUGGUUCAAUACAUACGGUACUUCGAUUGAUCUGGAUGUUGUGGAUUCACUGCAGGAAUUAUGGCCAUUUCAUAUACCCUCAUUACUGAAUUGUUUACGAACCAAUGAUAACACGAAGGUGAUGUCUAGCUCUGCAUUGUCGACUUUUCAAGAAUUAUACUCUCAUCUGGCUAGUGCGAACGACCAGGACAUCUUCAUAAAGCCACUUUCAGUGGAGAAAGCGGCGCAAGGGGAUUCCUUCGAAAUCGCCAAGUUUCUGGCUGUAUUUUUGAACGAAUUCCGCAUAUCGAAUCCGGAUGUCAUCAGAGACAGUGUCGCUCUUAUGCAAAGUGAGGGAAAGGAUGAGCCACUACGGCAAAUUUUGAGUGCAUUCGAUGAAGAGCAAGCUGACUGGUGGUCGGUUAUGAUCAGUCGCUCUGAUCAUGAAGUGGCAAGUGGAGACUGCGACUCACAAUUCGUUACGCCCCAACGCCGUAGCGCAUCCGUGGAGGAGUUUUCCGGGAUGUCUGUUAACCGAUCUGUAUUUGUCACUCCUUGUGGUCCGACUAGACUUUCUGAAGGGCGUAGGAGGAAUAAUGCCGGAGCACAUACCGUAGCCCGUUGUGAUGGGAGUCCUCUUAUGGAUGUUGUCAACUCGCCAAAAGUGAGAGAACUGCGCGAAUUACGCCGUGAUCGCGAGAUUAGGACUCUACGAAAACAACUGCACGAUACAGAGGAUCAGCUCUCGACCGCAGAAUCACAAAUAGACAGUUAUAAACGCCAAAUCGAAUCUCUCAUUGCAAAGGAAUCGAAGAUGAAUGUACGAAUUCGUGAACUGGAAGCCAGUGAGAGAUCGAUGCUAAAAGAUCGAGACAAACUGGAAGAUGAAUUGAGGGAGAUGAAAGAGCAGAUGGAGCAGUCGCACGAUUUACGUGAGAAUCAGAGGCAAAGGAUUGCAAUGUACAAAAAUAACGAGGAAGAGACGGAAAGGAAGAUAUCCCAACUCACCGACAAAUUGAAAGCGAAAGAGUCUGCUCUUACUGCUUUAGAAAGACUGUUACGUGAUCGUAAUGACGAUUUGGCUUCGACAAUGCAGUCUCUACAUGCUCUGGAGGCUGAGCGCGAUAAUCUAUCAGUUUUACUCGAGGGGACAAAACAAAGUGCGGAAGCAGAAAAAGAGCAAUAUCUCGCUGCUGUGUCCGAAUGGAGGAAGCGUUGCGAAACAGAGACAUCCGAGAAGAUGUCCUUGUACUCUGCUGAAAUGGUGAAAAAUGCGGCCCUGCAGCAACAGCUUCGACUUCAGUCUGAGAAAAUGGAAGAGCUUCAGAAACAAUACGAGGAGAGCAAACGCGCAUCUGAAAAUAUUCUUGAGGAAGUGAAGCAAAGUUACGUUCAGAAGUUAGACAGAGUUUCAAAAAGGCUCGCUGAAGUUGAGGCUGAUCUCGUCAAUCGAGAAGAGCGCCAUAAAAGCUUUGUUAGCGAGCAUGAAGCAAAUGUACGACAGCUUGAAAGUGCACACUUGGCUGAUGUAGCUCAGCGUGAUUCCAAAUUGCGCUCCAGCCGCACAAGAAUUGACGAGGCGAGUCCUUUCCGUCUCGAAUCCAGCCUGACGGAGUGCAACCACGUAAUUUUGCAACAGCGUAAAGAACUAUCUGCCGUGGCAGCGGAAAGAGAUAAGAUUGAAGAUGAGCUAUCUCGCUUGCAAACGUCUUUCCAUCAAAGGGACAUUCAAUUAUCCGAGGCUAAAACGACUAUAGACGAGUUAAAAUCUCGAGUCGACGCUCUGGAAGCUCGGCACAGCGAUGAUAUGCAUUCUAUGGAAAGCCUGCGAGCUGACUGCGCUUGCUUACAAGCUUCCAUUGUUGAUAAAGAUUCUGAAAUAUUCGAGAUGACGACACGACUAGACAUGCUGGCAUCACUAUCGGACCUUCACAAUAGUGCGUUUGAACAAGCACGAAAGGAUCUUGAAGAAGAGCGAAAACGGCAUAGUGAACAGGAGUCAACGAUGUUAGUCACAGCCAAGGAAAUGGAGCAAAAGUUGAAUGACUUGGCAUCCAGGAACAGCAAUGUUGAAGCUUCUUUUACUUCACUUCAAAAGGACCUUGAAAACGAACUGGAAUCAGCACGAAGGGAACAGGAAAAGUAUAGAGCCGAGUGUGAAGCGCUGCGGCAAAAGGAUAUGCUGAGAAAUGAGCAGCUGAAAGGGCUCGAAGAAAAGUUUGAAAAAAUUGAGUGGGAUUUGGCUGAAUACAACAAGCGGAACAGUGAACUCGAGCUACAAGUCGCGAUACUGGAAGAGGAGAACGCACAAUUUUAUAAAUGCAUUGAAUUAUCCAACAUGAAUGCUGACAAAGAAAUCAAAAUGCGUUUCCCUGAUGCUUCAGUGUCUAAAGGCACAUUGCGAGGAGCAGUGCAACGAGUACCAUCUCCUAUUGCCUACUCGAUCUUUUUGACGAAUGAAGAUGAACCGUCCGUUUGUCAGAUAUCCACUACUGAUCUGAAAUGGAUGGAAAUGGAAGCGACGCCAACUCCAAAUCCUGUUGCUCAGAAGCCGCCUCGUCCAAAGUCGCCUUCGAAAGCUGUUUUGAUUAGAAACCGCAGCAGUCUCAGCCUACCAACCGCAAGCGGUGGUACUUUCGGUAGUUGGACAUCUCUCAAUAAGUCUAAUUCGAAAGGCUCGUUGGAUGAACAUAAGUUUGCUGUUCCUGAGGUUAAAGAUGGAAAACGCCUACCUAAUCUGGCUACAGAUCGUUCUAGAAUAGCCGAACUUCAGAAGCGUAAUUCAAUGCUACAUCCAGCCAUGCGUUGCGCUUACGGGACGGAGGUGAGCAGCUACAGCUCGCCAUCAGGAAGCGAAAAUGUGGUGAAACAAGGAAGUGCCAGAAGAAAGAGCGCAAAAUUCUUUCAAAGAGCUUCCUCAUAUGUGAAAAAGAAGCUGCCUAUGUCAGAAUCGACCAAUUUUCAAAAGUAG